GGUGUGGUCAAAGGAACUUCAGUGUAGAGGCAAUGAAUCCCAGAUUUAUUUCUGUCCCACAUCAUCUUCACUCAAACGUAACUGCUCCCAUGACAGUGAUGUCGCUCUUGUUUGUGCUGAAAGUGUGAGAUUGCUAGAUGGUGGCAGUCGCUGUGCUGGGAGAGUGGAGGUUCUUCAUAGAGGACAGUGGGGAACGGUGUGCAGUGAUUACUGGGAUAUGAGUGAUGCUGCAGUGGUGUGUAGAGAGCUGGGCUGUGGAGAGGCUGUAGAUGCACUGAGUAAAGCUUACUUUGGACCAGGAUCAGGACCAAUCUGGAUGGAUGAUGUGACCUGUACUGGAUCAGAAUUAUCUCUGAAGAACUGUAUGACAGAGGGAUGGGGCAAACAUAACUGUGAUCAUGGAAAAGAUGCUGCCGUCAUCUGCUCAGGUCACAGAAAGUCCAAACUUAUUGAUGGUUUUCACCGCUGUUCUGGAAGAGUGGAGGUGCUUAAUGUGAAGACCUGGUCCACAGUGUGUGAUGCUGACUUUGACCAGCAGGAUGCAGAGGUUGUGUGUCGAGAGCUGGACUGUGGGCUUCCUGUGGAGGUGCUGGGAGCAGCUGCUUUUGGUAGAGGGGAGGGUCAGGUGUGGUCAAUGGAGCUUCAGUGUAGAGGCAAUGAAUCUCAGAUUUAUUUCUGUCCAACAUCAUCUUCACUCAAACACAACUGCACCCAUGACAGUGAUGUGGGACUGGUGUGUGCAGGUCACACUCAGGCUCAGCUGGUGAGUGGCUCUGACUCCUGUUCUGGUCGAGUGGAGCUCCAGUACCUCAGUGAGCGGGGCACAGUGUGUGAUGUAAGCUGGGAUAUGAGAGCUGCCAGUGUCCUCUGUGGUCAGCUGAACUGUGGGAGUGCUGUGGCUGUGUUGGGGUCAGACUGGUUUGGGGAGGGGAGUGGCCAGAUCUGGGCUGAUGUGUUUGAUUGUCAGGGGAACGAAACACACCUGUCAAAAUGUCCCAUUUCAUCAUGGAGUCGAACUGCAUGCUCUCAUAAACAGGAUGCUGGAGUCAUCUGCAGUGGUUCCUCUCUGGCAUUUCAUGAGGGACGAGUGAGGUUGUCUGGAGGGAUGGAGUGUGAGGGGGAGGUGGAGGUUUACUUCAGGCAGGACUGGAGGAGAGUUCUGCUGGACUCCUGGAGUGAGUCUGAGGCCUCUGUGGUCUGCAGACAGCUGGGCUGUGGCUCUGUGUUCAACUUCUCCAGCUCUUCUACAUCCAGUCAUGAACACAGUCACAUGUGUGUGACGAGUUUCAAAUGUUCUGGGAGUGAAGCUCAUCUAGGGAACUGCAGCAGCGCACAAGCAGUCAACUGCAGCUCCAGAGAACAGCUCUCAAUCACUUGUACUGGUAAGUUUAAUCCAGCUCUCAGCUCCAUCAGGCUGGUUGGUUCUGGGGGAGACUGUGCAGGAAGGGUAGAGGUUUUCCACAGUGGCUCAUGGGGGACCGUGUGCGAUGACUUGUGGGAUAUUGAGGAUGCACAGGUGGUGUGCAGACAGCUGCAGUGUGGAGUGGCCCUCAGUGCUCCGGUACCAGCCCGGUUUGGACUUGGAACUGGACCAAUCUGGCUGAAUGCGUUGGAGUGUGAGGGGAACGAGACGUCCUUGUGGAACUGUAAAUUUCAGCUGUGUGGAGAGAAUGAAUGUGGACACAUGGAGGAUGUAGGAGUUGUGUGUUCAGAGUUUAAAGAGUUCAGACUCACUGAGGGCUGUGAGGGAAAUCUGGAAGUGUUCUACAAUGGAUCCUGGGGUAAUGCGUGUGAAAAUGGAAUGACAGAAGAAACAGCUAAUGUGAUCUGUCAGGAGCUGAACUGUGGAAGAAUGGACAGUCAGAGGGCGUUUAAAGGAAGAGUGGAAUCAGCUCCUAACUGGCUGGAUGAUCUGAAAUGCAGGAGUCAUGACUCCAGUGUGUGGCAUUGUCCAUCUUCACCCUGGGGACAGAACAACUGUGAUAAUCGCAACGAGGUAGCUCACAUUAAAUGCUCAGAUGAGGGAAAUUUUAAGCACAGAAGUCAUCUGAAAUGCUCCUCAACAUCUCCUCAUCAGAGACACUGCACAGAUCACCUGCAUCUCAGGCUGAGAGGAGGAAAUGGAAGUUGCUCUGGGAGACUGGAGGUGAAUCACAACACUGUGUGGGGGUCUGUCUGUGAUGAACUGUGGGACAUCAGAGAUGCUCAGGUGGUCUGCCGGCAGCUGGGCUGUGGGCCGGCGCUGAGUGCUGAUGGGAGUGCUGUCUUUGGUGCUGGUGAAGGGCCUAUCUGGCUGAACAGAGUGAAGUGUAGAGGGAAUGAGAUUCACCUGUGGGACUGUCCCCAUUCCCUGAAGGACCACACUGACUGCUCCCACAAGCAGGAUGCUGGAGUCACCUGUACAGACAAAUCUAUGCCUUCUACUACUACACCCAUAAUUACAACCACCACCACCACAGUUCGUCAGCCAGUUAAGACAAAAACCCCUCCUCUGCAAACUCCUCCACCAGUUGUUCCACCCAUCUAUCCAGUUUUUCUCCUGGUUCUGGGAGCGGUGCUCUUCCUGGCCUUAGUCCUUCUGUUUGUGCUGUUUUACCAGAACAGAGUGCUCAGGAGAGUGCUCUCUAAGAGGAGGCGUAAGACUCUGACUGAGGUAGUCUAUGAGGAGAUUGACCGUAGAUACAUCACUAAAGGAAAUAACUCCACUCAAAGGGGAAGUAUCCUCUCUGAAGCACAGCAUUCAGGAUAUGAGAAUGUGGAUGAGGAGCUUCUCACAGGAAGUAUCCCCUCUGAAGAACAGCAUUCAGGAUAUGAGGAUGUGGAUGAGGAGCUCCACUUGGGUGAAUCAGCAAAAGAGGACACAGCAGACAGCUAUGAUGAUGUCAUCACUGCUGGACAGAUCUCUGUUAGUGUAGCAGAGGGCUUAGCGCAGAUUUAUGAUGAUGUCAUCACUGCUGAUCAGAGCUCAGCUGCUGUAACAGAAGACAUGACAGAUAACUAUGAUGAUGCUGUUACUGCUGGACCAAACUCCAACAUUAUGACAGUGGACACACCAGAGAACUAUGAUGAUGUCAUCACAGCUAAACAUGACAUAGGAGGGGUAAAAGACUAUGAUGACGUGGAGGAGGAGCCUCAGACAGAGAUGAAUCAUGUGACUGAGAGACCACAGCCAGUGUCUUUCCUCAGGAAACUACAUUCAAACCUCUUCAAGCUCAAGAAAUGAUUUUAUCAUCAAUCCCAAGUCAAAAUGUUUUAAGGAGCUAAAUGAGAUAAAGUGGUUUAAACAGCCCCUAAUUUACAUAAACAAAUUACAGUUAUAAGAUUUACUGAUACAUCUCAUCUCAUUAAGUUAUUCAGUCAAAAUGAUUCUGAUCUUACUUUAAUCUCUUAAUCCAACUUUUUUAUCUUAAUGAAAACAGCUUGUGUGUGAUGUGACAAAGGUUAACAGGUUUUAUGAGAAAUUAUUCAUUUCUUGCCAAAAGCGUCUAAUUAUAAUUUAGGGAAGUGAUUGUUUUGGGCUGAAGCUCUCAGAUUAAAGAUCUGUUCAUUUUCACUGUAGAUCAUUUUUGAGGGUAAAGAACUGAAAGAUGUUCUGGUCAGAAGGGAAUGUUCAGUGACCAUCAGUCAGAAACAGUAAGGUGCUGCUUCACUGUAACUAAUUUGUAUGACAGUUUUCUGUUUUUAGUGUUGACACUAAAAAUCAAGCAGCCCCUGUUCAUUGUAUUUUUGAUCAUCUCUUUAAUAUAUAAUACCGUCUAACAAUUAUUAUUAAAACAUAAUUACUCAUCUAAAACUGUGCCACAUUGUAAAAAUAGUAACAAGCAACUUAACUGUUUUUUCAACUCAACUAAAUACUAUGAAUAAGACAAUACAAGGCACAUAUUUAGGUUGAACAAAUAAUAUAUGUAUAAAAUAAAUAACCAUUUUGAUACUUUCAAUGAAACAAUGCAUAGCAAAGUUUUGUUUUAAUGAACAGGCCCAAUAUUUUACAUGAAUUCAAACCUCAAAAUACUUCAAACCCACUUUUGCCUGGUUCCACUUUUUACGGCUUACAUAUUAAGAAGAGAGUUUGAUACAUUCUCUCUUAUGCUUUUUGCAUUUUAUAAUGAUCAGUGAUUAUUACGCUGGUAAUGUGAGAUUAUUUCCACAGAGGAAUAAUAAUGACUAAAUGUUGAAUUCUGUAUCUUGAGUUUUAUAUGAUUGAAGUGUGAGUGGAAUGUAUUACUGUGGAGUGAGAGAUGAUUCUGUACUCCUCUCUUCUCUGAUCUGAUCAUUAUGCACAUCAAGAUACAUCGAGUGUAAUGUUACACUGUAUGAA